GUAGAAGGAACAGACUUCACUCCGGAAUCACUGCCUGUCUUAGUUAUUUUUUGGUUAUUAAACAAAUUAACUUUAGAGAGAGGCCUGCCUCAGGCCAGUGUGUUGCUCCAGUUACUUAUGCAUUUGUGGGUUGAUUUUUUUGUUGUUGUUUGUUUUUCAUUGGUGGGUUCUUGUAUGUGCCCUGACGCGGGAUGGAAGCUGCAACCUCGGCGGGUGAGAGGACGCGCUAACCCCCUGAGCACCCGGCCGAGGCCAUCACUGCCUGUUCUGUGCGCGGGCAUCUUAAUAAAAGAGACGGAUAGGCUGUCACUGCAACAGACAUUGUCAGUAAUUAACCUCGUGGCCGCAGCCUCUCCCCUGGCGGCCAUUGGGGGCGGAGCCUGCGGGGAUGCUGGGAGCUGUGCUGGCGCCGACGAUCGGCGCAGGGCUGGGUGGACCUGCCCCGCUGACGCUGGUCCUGGUUCAUGGAAACAAGAGGGGCGUGUACAAGUAAGGUUCAGAGAAGUCACGUCAGGCUGUGGAGCUCGAUCUAGCGAUGAAAUGGCUUCUACCUGGACUUCCGGUGGAAUUCCACGGCAAACACGGGGCUGAUUCUGGGGCCCUGACAUUGCCUGACCCUCUGCCUGGGGAGGGCAGGCCAGGGAAGAGCGUUUGCCUUUGGCGAGCAGGGAAGCUGUGCAGACCAUGAAGACAUUGACUCAGAGUCAUAAGGCAAAAGGUUUGCCUUCUGAUACUGACCGGCUCCAGAAAACGCAGGGAAAGCCCGAAAUACUGGUACCAGUUACAUUCAGGGACGUGGCCGUGGUCUUCACACAGGCAGAAUGGAAGCUCCUGAGCUCUGAGCAGAGGAUCCUGUACAAAGAAGUGAUGCUGGAGAAUUACAGGAACCUGCUUUCGUUGGAAUCAAAGCCAGAAACAGACUCCUCUUCCUCUUGCCUUCUGGCCUUCUCCCGUCAGCCUCUCCUCAGCCAACAUGUGCUUCCAGUCUUCCUGGACUUACGUGACUUCCAUCCAGGGGAUUCUGGCCCAGGGCCUCAGGGGCAGAAAUGUUCUUCUCAAAGCCGCUGGAGUGAAAACACAAAAGGUCAAGAGAGAGAAGGUGGCUUCAGAUCCUUGUCUGUGAGGACAGCGGAGAGAGAAACCUCAGGCGCUGUUCCCAGCCCACCCCGAAGACAAUCAGCAAGUCCUAGAGAAGGCAACACAGUGGUAGAAAUAGAGCCUAAGCCAGCCCAGAGGGUACGCCCUGUGCAAACAGACAGAGGAGCGGAGUUAGGAACCCUGAGAUCCGGAGAAGGCAGCUGUAACGAGCAUGAGCUAGACUGUAGUCUGAAACCACACUUUGCUGUACACCAGGUGACCCUCUCAGAAGAGAAGCCCUAUGUUUGCAGGGAGUGUGGGCGAGGCUUUAACAAUAAGUCAAACCUCAACAGACACCAUCGGACGCACUCAAUGGAGAAGCCUUAUGUGUGUGGUGACUGUGGCCGAGGCUUUAGCCUGAUGGCGAUCCUUGUUCAUCACCAGAGGACGCACUCAGGAGAGAAGCCGUAUGUGUGCAAGGAGUGUGGGCGAGGCUUUAGCAAGAAGUCCAAUCUGAACAGACACACAGAAACCCAUUCGGAAGAGAAGCCUUAUUUGUGCAGGGAGUGUGGGCAGAGCUUUAGGAAUAAUUCAGUCCUCAUUAGACAUCAGUGGAUUCACUCUGGGGAGAAGCCCUAUGUGUGCCCGGAGUGUGGCCGGGGAUUUGCUUACAAGUCCACCCUCAGAAAACACCAGAGGACUCAUUCAGGAGAGAAGCCCUAUAUAUGUCAGGAGUGUGGGCAUGGCUUCGGCGAGAAGUCAUCUUUCAUCAGACACCAGAGGACACACUCGGGGGAGAAACCCUUUGUGUGCCUGGAGUGUGGACGAGGAUUUGGUGAUAAGUCAACCCUCAGAAAACACCAGAGGACACACUCGGGAGAGAAGCCUUACACGUGCAGUGAGUGUGGCCGAAGCUUUACCCAGAAGUCAUUCCUCCUUAUUCACCAAGGGACACACUCAGGAGAGAAGCAUGUUUGCAGGGAGUGUGGGCGAAGCUUUAGCUACAAGUCAAAUCUCAUCAGACACCAGAAGACACACUCGGACGUGAAGCCUUAUAUAUGUAGGGAGUGCGGGCGAGGCUUUUUCUAUAAGUCGGACCUCAUCAUACAUGAAAGGACGCACUCCGGGGAGAAGCCUUACGUGUGCAGUGAGUGUGGUCGAAGCUUUAGCCAGAAGUCAUUCCUCGUUAUUCACCAGGGGACACACUCAGGGAAGAAGCAUGUUUGCAGGGACUGUGGGCGAAGCUUUAGCUACAGGUCAAAUCUCAUCACACACCAGAGGAAACACUUGGCGGAAAGCAUGUUUCCAGGGAUCACGGACAAGACCCAGCAAUCAGCCAAAUCUCAUCUUACACCAGAGAGACACCUGGGGUCUGUGUGUGUGGAGUGAGUGUACCUUCAGGGAGGUGUUGACUCUCAUCAGGCACUGAGGACACAUUCAGCAGAGGAGCCUGAGUGUGGGUAACUCUAGCCACACUUAAGUGGGAGGCGUUGUGUGUGCGGGGACUGUGGAUGAGGCGGUAGCAAUAAGUCAGCGUUCAUCGAAUAUCCAGUGGCAGGCAGGCAGGCAGGCACAAGGUGGCACUCGGAGAGGAGCAGCGUGUUUGUAGGGACUGUGGGCAAAACCCUUGUGAUCAGCCAGCCUUCUUUUCAUGCCAUUGAGAGAUCCUUGUGUGGGGGUACGUGGAGCUCUGCCCAGAUAACCUCAUCAGGGCCAACACCCCUGCAGCUCCGGAUUACGGCUGCUGAUGCUGCAGAGACGAAGUCUUUCCUAGGACCUGCUCUCAGCCACAGGGAACUGCACCUUCCUAAGGGCUGGCUCCUGGCCCAUGGUUGACUGCUAUGGGGAGACAAAACCUCAACCCUGGACUCAGUUGUGCCCAAAGGGUCAUCCUGGAUCGAGAGAUGCCCAUCAGAUCUCAGUUGUGAACACAUUGCAGGUCAGCUUCUUCCUCUGCCCAGUCCAGCCCUCAUUCACCAAUAAACCACUUAAUUCUC